AUGGUUUUGAGAGGCUAUGGUAGUCAUCGUGGUGGUUGGUUGACGUGGAUGGUGAUUGUGGGUGGGUUUAAUUGGGUUUUGAUUGAUGGUAUUUUGGGAUUGAGGAUGGGGCUUGUGUGUUUGCGUUGUUGGGGUGGUCCUUCUUGUAGUGGUGAUGGUGCAGAUGACUCAUCGGAGAAGAUUGGAGAUUCGUCUUCAGGCUAUUAUCUUCGUUCGAUCUGUGUGUCUCUUCGAGUCCCUCUCUUCACGCUGUUUGAUUGGAAAGCUGCACAGAUUCGCUCUUCGAUCUCUCAAUCCAGACCCUCAAUUUCCUCGGUUCUUGAGCGGUUGAAAGUGUGGAAGGAAUUGCACAGAAUGAGCAUCGAUAGCCCCGGGAAAGGGGAGAGCUAG